AUGCCAGGAAUUCUGCCUAUGAAGGUCAUCAAGGUGGGCACGAGCUCCCAGAGCCGUAUCGCCCAGGCCUGCGACAGAUGCCGCAGCAAGAAGAUUCGCUGCGAUGGCAUUCGCCCUUGCUGCUCGCAGUGCGCCAAUGUUGGCUUUGAAUGCCGCACCAGCGACAAGCUCAGCCGUCGUGCCUUUCCAAGAGGCUACACCGAGUCGCUCGAGGAGCGCGUCCGCGCCUUGGAGUCGGAGGUUAGGGAGUUGAAGGAUCUGUUGGACGAGAAGGAUGAGAAGAUCGACAUGUUGUCCAAGAUGCACAGCAACCGACGGUCACCGGCGGAAUCACCACAUAGAUCACCACCGCCAACUAGUGUGAGACUGGAGUCUAGCCCACCACCAAGGGAAGAUACCUUCCGUGUUCAGGCCUCGCCGUUGCUGCUCGGUGUUGAGAAUUCGGAUUCGUACUUCAUGGGCGCGUCGAGCGGGCGGAGCUUCAUUGAAUCAUGCAAGAGGAAGAUGCAGGAGAAUGGCAAGUCGUGUGCCGAUUUCAAUCCAGAAGCGUUUUUGCACAUCCAGGGGUGCUAUCCUCUCGCACAAAAACAACCAUCGCCGCAGAUGAGGGUUCCUCCACGGUUGUUCACCGACCGCUGCGUCAAUGUUUACUUCCAGGAGUGGUCGCCCCUUUUCCCGGUCCUCCACAAGCCGACUUUUCUUCGCGUCUACGAGGAGUUUGUGGCGGACCCGGAUAAGAUCAAGAACAACCACAAGCUUGCGCAGCUGUACUUGGUCUUUGCGAUCGCCGCGCUGUCGAGUGAACAACCAGAUCUCGAGCAGAUCGCGGCGUGUGAGCAGCAGUGGCAGCGGGCCCUCGAGGCGAUUCUCAUGGAUAAUACCAUGGUGACGCUUCAGUGCCUGUUGCUUGCUCUCAUGUACUGCACCAUUCGGGCUGACUACAAGAGGCUCCAGCACUACAAGGGCAUUGCUGUUGGUUUGUCGCACCGGUUGGGACUCCACCAGAGCCAGAAACGGUUCUCGUUUGGUGUCUUGACAAUCGAGACCCGUAAGAAGGUCUUUUGGUCGCUUUAUAUGCUUGAUUGGUAUGUUCAUCCGUCUUUCAAUUCGCUCACAAGCACGUCACUGACCGGUCAUAGCUUCUCUGCUGCCCUGCUCGGCCUCCCCAAGCUCCUCAAGGAAGAGGACAUCCACUGCGAGUUCCCAUCCGACACAGACGACGAAUACGUCACGGAGAAGGGGUUCCAGCCGAGCCUUCCUGGCGAGGCGACCCGUUUGUCCAACGCGCUCGCCCUCUUCCGGGGAUCCCGAGUGCUCGCAAAGGUGCUCGAGAAGAUUUACCCUUCGGCCACCUCGCACGACCUGUCUCUCCAGCAAAUGUCCGCUCUCGAGGCUGAGCUGGACGAGUGGUACAACAACCUGCCCCAGCACCUCAAACUCACCUUCAAGCAGGACAAGCCCUCGACCGACGUGACAGGCAGCCGGUCCCCUAUCCUUGCCCUUGCAUACUACUACAUCCGAACCCUGAUUUACCGCCCCGCAGUGACGUCUAGCCUGGGGCCCAAGGCGGCCCCGGGCGCUGCUGUCGGUCGGCGAGUCAAAGAGCUUUAA